UAAUUUUAAGGCUUUCCUGAAGUAAAACAGAUUGUAGUUUAUGACAUUUUAACGAAAUGGGUGAAGGUUAAGAGAAGUCCGGGACAGAUAAAGAAACAUUCUCCCUCUUUCUCACACACACACAAGAAUCGAUGAAUGUAUCGGUAUGCACAAGCCGUUGACGAGUUGACCUCUCGUGGCCCCGUAACACGUGCACAGCUGAUCCUCUUUCAUCCUCCUGUCACUGCACCGGCGCGUGAUCUCCAUGGGAACGUCGUCACGCAGGAGGAAGUGAACGGGACUGUUUGACAGUGAGCGUGCUUAGCAUGGCAGCAAAGACAGUUCUGCCUCGGAGGGCUGACCCCGCUGAGUUGAAAGCCAUUUUUGAAAAGUAUGCCAGCAUCAAGAAGAAUGACGAGUGCUUCAUGUCGCCACAGGACUUUGUGAACCGUUUCCUCCAUGCCCACACAGACAUCCGGCUGUCGGACGAGGCCACAAAGCUACUGGCCGGAGUGGUGGAUCAGAAGAAAGAUGGGUUGAUCUCUUUUCCGGAGUUUGUAGCGUUCGAGUCGGUGAUGUGUGCCCCUGACUCCCUCUUCAUGGUUGCCUUCCUGCUGUUUGAUAAAACAGGCAAUGGAGUGAUCACUUUUGAGGAUGUGCAGCAGGUUUUCAACCAGACCACCAUCCACCAGCACAUCCCCUUUAACUGGGACUGUGAGUUCAUACGACUGCACUUUGGCACACAGAGGGACCAGCAGCUCAGCUAUGGAGAGUUUACCCAGUUUCUCCUGGAGAUGCAGCUGGAACAUGCGCGGCAGGCUUUUAUACAGCGGGACCAAGCCCACAGCGGCUCCGUGUCAGCCCUGGACUUCAGGGACAUCAUGGUCACCAUCCGCCCUCACAUGCUCACACCCUUUGUGGAGGAAUGCCUCGUGGCGGUUGCGGGUGGCAGCACAUCUCACCAAGUCAGCUUCUCAUACUUCAACGGUUUCAACUCGCUCCUCAACAACAUGGAGCUGAUCAGAAAAAUCUACAGCACCCUGGCUGGCCACCGCCGAGAUGUUGAAGUCACCAAAGAGGAGUUCAUUGUGGCAGCUCAGAGGUUUGGCCAGGUGACACCCAUGGAGGUUGACAUACUCUUUCAGCUGUCUGAUCUGUCAGAGCCCCGUGGGCGUGUUGGUUUAGUGGACAUUGAGAACAUUGCUCCGCUGGAGGAAGGCGCCUUGCCCUACAACUUGGCUGAGGUCCAGAGACAGCAGUUGGGCAGUGAUGGCUCCCGCCCCAUCCUCAUUCAGGUGGCAGAGUCGGCCUACAGGUUCACCCUUGGCUCAGUGGCAGGGGCUGUGGGUGCCACAGCAGUGUACCCCAUUGAUCUGGUGAAGACACGCAUGCAAAACCAGAGGAGCAGUGGAUCACUGGUGGGAGAGCUCAUGUAUAAGAACAGCUUCGACUGCUUCAAGAAAGUGGUGCGUUACGAGGGCUUCUUUGGCCUUUACCGAGGUCUUGUACCACAGCUACUGGGUGUGGCGCCUGAGAAAGCCAUAAAGCUCACAGUGAAUGACUUUGUGCGAGGGAAGACCAGACAGAAAGAUGGCACAGUCCCGCUGGCAGCUGAGAUCCUGGCCGGUGGAUGUGCUGGUGGCUCCCAGGUGAUCUUCACCAACCCUCUGGAGAUCGUAAAGAUCCGUCUGCAGGUGGCAGGAGAGAUCACCACAGGGCCAAGGGUCAGCGCCCUCUCCGUCAUCAGAGACUUAGGUUUCUUUGGACUUUACAAGGGUGCCAAGGCCUGUUUCCUGCGGGACAUCCCCUUCUCAGCCAUCUACUUCCCCUGCUAUGCCCAUAUCAAAGCUUACCUCACGGAGGAGGACGGACGGAUAGGGCCAGUCAAGAUGCUGUGUGCUGGAGCAGUGGCAGGCAUGCCAGCAGCCUCUCUGGUGACCCCAGCUGACGUGAUCAAGACCAGGCUACAGGUGGCGGCACGUGCCGGUCAGACCACCUACAGCGGCCUGGUGGACUGUUUCUGGAAGAUUCUCAGAGAAGAGGGUCCCCGUGCCUUCUGGAAAGGAGCUGCAGCUCGUGUCUUCAGAUCCUCACCACAGUUUGGAGUGACGCUGGUGACCUAUGAACUCCUGCAGCGCUGGUUCUACAUCGACUUUGGAGGACAAAAGCCAGCUGGCUCUGAGCCCACCCCCAAGUCUCGGAUCAGCCUGCCGGCGCCCAACCCCGACCACAUCGGAGGCUUCAGGUUGGCCGUGGCCACGUUCGCUGGCAUCGAGAGCAAGUUUGGACUCCAUCUCCCACGCUACACGGUGGCGACAGCAGCAGCACAGGCAGCAGCCCCCUCCAAUACAAGCACCCCCUGAACCUCCAUGGGUUGGGGGGGGGUAAGUGAAAGAGAGGGCUUGAGUCUUUUCUUCUAAGUCAUUGUUUGUAGUAUUUAAAGUUAUUUAUUUCUAGUUUUUCUCCUGGUUAUUAUAUGUAUAGUAGUUUAUAUGCAACCAUAUGGAUUAGUGAGCCGAUUGGCUCGAGUACUCAAAGAAAAUUCUUUGUAGGACUCGUGCAGUAUUUAUUCCAUCUUUGAUUGACAUUGUAUAGGGUUGAAUUAUAAUGUGUUUUUUUUUUCAUACAGUUCAGCUGGUACAGCAUGUGCAGAAGCACAAAGGUUGGCAAAAGUUUAAACACAAUUGCUUGCCUUUGUUUUUUUUGGAAAUAUCCAAAACUACAUACAGUUGCAGCUACUUCCAGUGUCUUCCUUUUGUUGCUUUAUAAUCCAAAGCACAUUUCUCAUACAGUCGUACAAACAAAAAAACAUCACAAAUGUGUAUAUAUGAGAAAUCCAGAGACAUAUUUUCAUAUCUAUAUGGCUAUUUUGAUCCUCAUUUGCUCUUUCAAUAUUGUGCAGAUUUGAUCGAAUGUAUCCCCAAGAAUUUUACCAAAAAAGUACUUGAAUGUAAAGACACAGUGAAACGUUCUGAUUGUGCAUAAAGUUUACUGUUUUAAGAUG